CCCUCCAUACAUCUCCUCCCCUCAGCAGCCAGAUCCACUCUUUGAGUUAAGCUAAGCAGAGCAAGACAGAGAGCUCUUGAGCUUUCUCCUUCCCCCUCAGCCUCCGGAAUUCGGUCUAUCCUCGUCAAUGGAGGCUUCAGUCGCGUUUUACGCACGCGGGGCCUUCCUUCCCACCACCUCCUCCAAGCACUCCUCUGCUCUGGUCUCCCCACCUUCCUCCAUUUCCCCUUCCUUCAGCUCCAAGAUUCUGAAGUCCAGCUCUCUUUUCGGCGAAUCGCUCCGGACGGUGCCCAAGUCAUCCCUGAAGGGCUCGAAGCUGAAGAGCUCUAACACUUCCACAACCCGAUGUGAGAUUGGAGAUAGCCUGGAAGAGUUCCUUACCAAGUCAACCUCCGAUAGAGGCCUGAUCAGGGUAAUGCUCUGCAUGGGAGAGGCUCUCAGGACCAUCUCUUUCAAGGUGAAGACUGCUUCCUGUGGAGGAACUGCCUGCGUUAACUCCUUCGGUGAUGAGCAACUCGCAGUCGAUGUGCUUGCCGACAAGCUUCUCUUUGAGGCCUUGGAGUACUCCCACUUCUGCAAGUACGCGUGCUCCGAAGAGGUGCCCGAGCUUCAAGACAAGGGAGGCCCCGUCGAAGGUGGAUUCAGUGUUGCUUUUGACCCGCUUGAUGGCUCGAGCAUUGUGGACACAAACUUCACCGUCGGGACUAUCUUCGGGGUGUGGCCUGGAGACAAGUUGACCGGUGUAACAGGACGGGACCAAGUUGCUGCAGCAAUGGGGAUUUUUGGUCCACGGACAACAUACGUCCUUGCCCUUAAGGAUGCUCCCGGGACCCAUGAGUUUCUUCUUCUCGAUGAAGGGAAGUGGCAGCACGUGAAAGACACAACUGAAAUUGGUGAAGGCAAGAUGUUCUCUCCUGGAAACCUGAGGGCCACAACUGACAACCCGAACUAUGCUAAGCUUAUUGAUUACUAUAUCAAAGAGAAGUACACAUUGAGGUACACUGGAGGAAUGGUGCCCGACGUUAAUCAGAUUAUUGUAAAGGAGAAAGGAAUAUUCACAAAUGUGGCAUCACCAUCAGCUAAGGCGAAGCUGAGGCUACUAUUCGAGGUGGCCCCUCUCGGGUUCUUGAUUGAGAAAGCUGGGGGCUACAGCAGCGACGGGACCCAAUCGGUGCUAGACAAGGUGAUCGACAACCUUGACGACCGGACUCAAGUCGCCUACGGGUCAAAGAACGAGAUCAUCCGGUUUGAGGAAACCCUGUAUGGUUCAUCCCGACUUAAGGCUGGGGUCCCUGUUGGAGCUGCAGCUUAAUGAACAGCCUCUACCUACUUUUUCUAUGGGUUUUGUUUUCGCCGAAAUCUGGUGUAUUUUGCAUAUAUAAGUACAAACUUUUUGCAAUAGUAGUUGAUUGUUCCAAAUGAAGUGCGAUGACAUUGGUUCCGUCGUAAGAUUGGUGCGUCAAAUAAUACUUUGCAUUAAAAUAAA